AUGGAUACGUCUUUUCAGGUCGAAGAUGGUAAGCUGGCAGAACAAGAAGACUUGGAAGCUCAAGAACGAGCGAGAAUUGAGGAUUUUUUUUUAGAUCCCGUGGACCGGGAGGUAUUUCCACUAAAUGCCCCUGAAACCCCAAUUACUCGUUCCUAUCCAUCCACUGAGAUACCAACAGUGGAAGAGAGUGUUUCAUUGAUGACUGGGGCAUUCAUCGCAGCCUGGCGGGACAGGAAUUAUAUGCGGGAGGUGUAUGAGUUAAGAAAUUUACCGAGGCCACCAGCCCAAGGACUGGCACCACUCUCCUAUAAGUGGCUGACACUAAACACGUACUCUGGAAUGAUGCAAUCCAGAGAACAACAGACUCCCGGGGACUCGCAGGUUGAAGCAGGUAUCAUACAUGAUACUGAAAAUGCAGAUCCAAGUGAUCAGUUGCAAGGAAGGGGAGAAUAUGAUCUAUGCUCUACAGAUCAACAGAAGAGUGAACAUCGAACAUCUUGGUUUGUUCGACUCUUUUGUCGUGGGGCCACAUCUGGUCCAAAGAAAGUCAAACAAGAAAAGGAAACGAAAGGCAUUAAAGGAUUCCUAUCCCAGGUCAGAAGAGUUUUGGGGAGAAAAUGA